GAAAGGAUAAAUCUGUAAUGAGACGCCCGCUCUCGCGAGAUUUCCCAUUUCACCAACUCCACUCGCACCUUCCCCAACGACUGCAAAGAAAGCUGUGAAGGAAACUGAAGGUGAGAAACCCUACAGCCUGCCACCAAAUUCCAGAGAUGAAGACUCCAAAAUCCACCGUAGAUACCACGCAGCUUCAAAUCCAAGCAUCCAUGGCCAUGGCCGAACUCCCGCCGGAAGUAAUCGUCGACAUACUCUCUCGUUUACCCGUCUGCCUCCUCCUCCGUUUCCGGUCGAUUGCAAAACCAUGGCGAUCGCUCAUCGACAGCUCAUACUUCGUCGAUCUCCACCUCACGCAAUCGGCAGAGUCCAAAUCGCAUCUCUGUUUGAUUCUCAGAAAGGACUCCGAUCUCUACUGCAUCAGUUUCGAUUCUUUAGACGACGCCGUCGAGCUCAAUCAUCCACUGAUGUGUUACAGCAAUCGGAUUCGCGUGCUGGGAUCCUGCAACGGCCUCCUGUGCAUCUGUAACGUGGCUGAAGAUAUCGCUUUCUGGAACCCUUCGACGAAGAAAUACAGAAUCUUGCCCUCACUGCCAUCAGAUCGAAAGCGCGAUUCGAAUAUGUGUUUAUGUGGAGCUAGGGUUUAUGGUCUCGGAUAUGACGCCGUUCACGAUGAUUAUAAACUGGUGAGGAUUUCUCAGUUUAUUGGAUUAGAUUACCUGUCGUUUGUGUCUGAGGUGAGGGUUUAUAGCCUGAGAAACAACGCGUGGAAGCGACUCGAAGACAUGCCUUAUGUGCUCUGUUACACACGAAAAAUGGGUAUUCUUGUUAACGGUUGUGUGCAUUGGGUGGUAACUCGGAACCUCGAAUUAGAUCAACACCCAACGGAAUUGGUCAUUGCAUUUGACGUUACAAAUGAGACUUGUCGUGAGGUGCCUAUGCCGCAAAACAUGGACAAGAAGUGUCAGAUUGAUGUGGGAUACUUGGGAGGGUGUCUUUGCAUUGUAGCUAAAUAUGAAGAUAAGGGUGUUGAUGUGUGGACAUUGAAGGAGUAUGGGGUUAAAGAGUCUUGGAGUAAAUUGUUUACCGUAUCGCAAACUCAAAGAAUCAAGAGUGUUAGACCUUUGGUGUAUUCGAAGAAUGGCAGCGAAGUUUUGUUCGAACAAGACCACGAAAAUCUCGCUUGGUUUGACCUGAAAAGCCAGAGGGUCAAGAGUGUUAAGGUCCGUGGCCUGCCAGAUCUAUUUGAGGCUGUAGUUUGUAUGGAAAGCCUUGUUUCGGUUCAUCCUUGUAGACGAGAGGAUAAGAAAAAGCAGGAAGCAGCAGGGGACGUGAAGAAUAAGAAGAGGGAUGAUUUCCUUUCUCAAGGCUUCAAAUUGGUGCUAUAGGCAAUCAGAACAAAGACGAGAACGAAGAGCAGAGAGGUGAAGAAGAUUUCCUUCACAACCUCACACUUUGAGGGCCAAUCUGAGUUUUGUUUUUAGGGCUAUGACCUUCACGUUUGAUCACGUUGGAGUAUUUGAUUGAAAUGCUGCCAUCACCAGGACAUCGUUCAUUCCAACCCUUGAGAGCUCAUGAAAUGUAUUUCUUGCGGCAAUAUGCAGUCUGUUUUUGCAGUGUGUUAUUAAGUGACUUUGAUUGGCAUUCUGGAGAUGGUAUUGUAAGAAACGAAAGUUCUAUUAUGUUCAUGGGUAUCCUACAUUCCGGGGUUUUUGGCUGUUGGAGAUUGGUCAUUGUAUCUUUGACCAAUGAUCUAACGGCCGAAAACUGCGGAGUAUAAGUUAGCCGGAGCAUACGAGAAAAUCUAUGUAAGAAAAUCCGAUGUUUUCUUCCUUACUAGGAAGAGUUGGUAUAGAAAAUUACUUGGGCAAAGAACGCAUGUAAGUUAGAGGGCAGAAGUGCAGUGACGCUACGACGACUGAGCAGCAAGUGCUGGAAGCAGCUCCAGCUCCUUCCCGUCACAGUUUUACACGCGCAUGCCGUCCAACUUCAUUUGUAUUAUCAACUCUAGUUGCAAGAUAAUGCAAUUCGUUCAUCAAAUACUCUUUGGUGUGGUCAGGACUACAGAGGCAUUAUUCAAAGAGAUUCUCAUUUUUCAUUCAAAAGAAAAUCAGUUGUGACGGUGAUUGCACAUCCAA